UAUAAAUAAACCAACCCACUUUGUCUCCUCCACACACAAUCAUCCGGUAAACAUUUCCCACUCUUGUUCUCAAACUAUUCAAUGGAAAACUACUGGGACAACAUCCACCAAAUCGACGACUACAGUUGGGGCGGAUUGGAGGAAACGUUCUCCGGUUAUUAUGAUUCGAGCUCGCCUGAUGGAACCCAGUCAGCCGCGGCUUCCAAAAACAUUGUGUCCGAGAGGAACAGGCGGAAGAAGCUUAAUGAUCGCUUGUUUGCGCUACGCGCUGUCGUCCCUAAUAUUAGUAAGAUGGACAAGGCAUCGAUAAUCAAGGAUGCGAUUGAUUAUAUUCAAACAUUGCAUGAACAAGAGCAAAUGAUCAAAUUGGAACUGGACGAACUGGAGUCGCGCAAAAUGGAGCCAGAGACGUUGGAUAUGUGUCAAGAGACAGAAGUGUUUAUGUCGAUGGAGAGAUCGAAGAGGAUAAGGUCGGAUCAAGUGUUUGAUCCCAGUGGAUCAUGGAUGUAUCCGAUUGAAAUUCUGGAACUGAAUGUGGAAUAUGUUGGGGAGAAGAUAGUGUUGGUUAAUUUGAAAUGUAGCAAAAGAAGAGACACAAUUGUAAAGCUUUGUGAGGUGUUUGAAUCUUUGAAGCUUAAUAUUGUUACUGCCACUAUUUCUGCUUUUCCUGAAAGGCUUUUAAACACUCUCUUUAUUCAGGUGAAGGGCCAAUACGGGUGGCGCCGGUUCGUCUUGGAUAUUAGGCGAGGUUUUACCGAUUAUCCCACCGUCAUGCCUUCGGGCGGGUAGAGGUUGCGUUUCCGCGCAUCUGGGAGAGUCAAGCGGCUGGCGGCGGUCAAGUAGUCGACCUUGGCCACAGCGACCGAUGUCACUGUGAUUGACACGUCAUUUCUUGCCGUUCUAAAACCUAUACAUUUAAUAUCCAAUAAAAAAAGUUAAAUGAAUUAUUAAAGAUUAAGAUGUAUUGUUUUAAGCAAAGGUUUCUUUUGGUAAAGGGCGUAGUAUUAUUUAAUAGUUUGUCGCCACGUGUUAUUUCGGUGUUAAAUACCUCAUGUAAUCAUUGAAUGAAGACGUUUUAUUUAUUUAUUUUAAGACGACAAGUAUCCCUGUAAUAUCUGAAAAUGUUAUUUAUUGUUUAAAUACUAUUUUAAUGAUACUACAGGAUUUUAUCAAAUAUUUUAAAAUCAUUUAAUAUUACAUAAUAUUAAGAACAAUAUUUACAGGAUAUUUAUCAAAGGUGACAAUAACUUGAAUAGUUUUUUUUUUAUCAAAGGUGACAGUAACUUGAAUAGUUUUUUAAAGAUGAUAUUACGUUUGUGAACAUAUAAAAUAUUACGGUGCAAACGUUAAAUAUUAUUUAUAACAUUUUUAAUAUUACAUACUAUUAAGCCGUAUUCUUCACAUGGUAUUUUUUUUUAUCCAAAGGGACAUUAACUUGAAUAAUUUGUUUGUAAAGGUAUAAAAUAUUACGGUACAAAUUACAAGGGAAAAAACAUGAAUAUGACAAAGAGGUUUAAAAGUAAACCCUCUAGACAAGUAGUGAAUUAUUUAUAUUAUCUUUCUUUUUUUAAUAUAAGAGCAUGCUGUCAAAAUUUUAAAUAUGAUAAUUGACAAGAGUAUUUUGACCUUUUUUAAGUUAGAAAUCACGGAUUUUGACAUUUUUGAGCAUAAUAUAAGCAAAUUUGUAUUAUUUUAAGCAUAACAUUGACAUCUUUAAUCCCAAUUUGUAAACACAUGGCGCCUCUAGAAUUUUUUGCCACUGUUUCAUAAUGAGUCGGUGUCAGUCGAGUAUCAUAUAAUAAAUAACAAAAAAAAUAAAUAAGCGUUAGUUGAUACAACAUACAAUAACAAGAAUCAAUACUUUAUAACACAUAAAAAUAUACAUAAUUUGUUUAAUGUAACGUGACAAUAAAGUAGAGUGCUUUGAUGGGAAUUAAAACAAAGUAACCAACAACAUUAGUUACUAAUUAUUUAUUAUGAUUAUAAAAAUAGGAGAAUAUAUUCUAUAUAUGCUUUAUGUGAAAGUUUUUUUUAGUAACAAAAUUAAUUUUUGUAACAGGCUGAGAAGGAAGACAUUGAUACUUUGAAGAUGCAAAUAGAAACAGCCAUUUCCGCCUUAAAUCAUCCACAACCAAUCACCAUGUAAAACACACUACUAAACCAUUUUUUCUUCUUCUCUUUCUAAGAAUACAGACUGUAACCAACAUCAGAUUAAAUGCAUCAUCAUCAUCACCAUCUCUCCUCUUUCUCUAUAUAUGUGUUAUAUAUAUUAGUUAUGAGUAAUUUAAGGAAAAUGAAGUUUUUGUUUGUUUA